GAAGUAAUGUGAUUAGUGAGUUAUUAAUGAAUGCUUUGGGCGUUAAUUUGGACUUUUGGAUAUGUAUUUGGGAGAAAUUUCGAAUCUAUCAGACUAUUUCCUGUUUCUGUAUGUAUGAUUUGUGUCUCUGAUUAUGCUGUCGGUGUUAGUGACAGAAUAAAUAUCGUCCUUGUUUUGUCGUGGCACUCCUUAAUGAUCACAAUUUCUCUCUCUCUCUUUUUAACCUCAAUAAAGAAGAUGUAUGCUAACUCUUUCAUUCAUGAUGAUGAAAGAGGCAAACCCAAAUCAUUUGGGCUCAUGACAAACCCUUCUGAGUUCAUGAUGAACCUAGUCAUGGCCAACAAGGGGAUGAGGGGAGGGGAGAAGAGAAACAAUGACAACCAAAGAAAAAAUGGCCGGAAACGAUGGCGGUGGGAAGGAGAACAGAAAGAGCACAGAGGAGAACAAUGGCAAGAAGAAUAAAUUAAGAGCAUUUUAGUAAUUUUAUAUUUAAAGAAUUGAAAAAAAUUAAGAAGAACGAUUAAGUCUAACUUGGCAUACUCCGCCUAAGCUAAUUGUAUGAGUUGUCAUUGCCACGUCAUUAAAAAGUGUCAUUCUAG